GCGGCCUUAUCCGCUGUGGGAAAUCUCGAGGGCGGUGGACCGCGACCACGUGACGCGCGGCCGUGCUGGUGACGCGGCCGCCAUCUUGAGGCGUCCAGUUCGCGGGAUUUGAGUUGCCGAACGCCGUCCCAGCCCCUUCGCCGCGUUGUCGAUUCUCGCCUGUCCACCCCGGGGCUUCGUCUCGGUCGCCCGCACACCCACAACCGACACUUGGCCAUGGCAGACGGGGAGCCACCCGCCAAGCGGGUGCGUCUUUCUGACGACGAGUUGCGCGCCAUGUCAAGGGAAGAUCUCUUUGUGAGGUGGAAGCAGCAGGAGGGAUACCUCAGGACCCUGGAGUCAAAGCUCGCAGAUCUCAACUCGAGCGACGUGACUGGCCUGCGCGAGUCCGAGGAGCGGCUCAAGCACCAGCAGCAGGAGUCGUUGCGCCGGGAGAACAUCCUGGUGAUGCGUCUCGCCACCAAGGAGCAGGAGAUGCAGGAGUGUGCGACUCAGAUCGCUUCGCUCAAGCAGGGCCAGCUGUCGAGCGCCUCUCACCUGCGCUCCUGUCUCGUGGACCCGGCCGUCAACCUGCUCUUCACUAAAAUGAAGUCUGAGCUGCAGCAGAGCAAAGACAAACUGCAGCAGGCCCACGAUGAACUCAGUGCCUGGAAGUUUACGCCCGAUAGGUAA